UGAGAGAGUGUGUUGCAUCGUAUAGUGUGUGUGUAGAAUAGUAAAUUUAAUUUAAAAUUAAAAAGCCAUUCGUAAUGUGUGUAAUCCAUAAUCGUAAGAUACCCAUAUAUAUAGCCUGCGAUCGGUGAUAAUGAGUGCGACAAUGAGUAAUCGAUAAUCUCAACUGCGAAACCUGAGUAUCAGCAGCAAUAACAACAACACAUUAACAAAAACAGCAGGCACAGCUAAUCCUCCCCGCCCACAUACACACACACACGCUGGCAGAGAUGGAGGCACUGGAAGUGGAGGACACCAGCGACGACAGUCUGCCCAUGGGAUUCCCAGAAGUGGGCACCUGGAACAGCACUCACAAUGUCUCCUUGAACGACAUGAAUCUGGAUGCGCGUAUGAUAUGGCUUCUAGCUUCGCUGCUGACCACAAUCACCUGGGUGACGUACAUCACCUUCUACAAUUCUCGCGUGAUUGGCAUGUUGAUCACAAAGAUAGCCAACCGAUGGUUUAUCAAGGGCGCGUAUUUUAAGAUUGGUUCGGUAGCCUUAAAUCCACUGGCUGGAAAGAUUAUGUUUCGGGAUUUUGUGUAUAUUACCUAUGACUACACAGUGCGAGCGCAAGAUGGAUACUUCAUAUUCCGCUGGUGGCGCUCUUAUGUGCCUAAGGAUGUCUCAGAGGAUCUUUCCCAUUCGGACACGAGACUAUCGGUUCAGCUAAAUGGUUAUGAGCUGCACAUAUAUAACAGAUCUGACUUGUACGAUACGUUGGAGAAAGCCUUUGGGCUAGAACCAUCACUGCUCAUACCGACGGAUGUGGUGAGCAAUGAGGAGAGAAACAAGCUGAAGGAGCACCACAUGAAUUUGGAAAAUGCACGGCAAAGCCAAAGGAUUCAGAAUGUAAAAAAUUCGGAGGCAAUGCAGGCUACUACUUGGCGAGAUUUGAUCCCAGUAAUCAAGAUUGACGUCUGCUCCGGACGUUUUGUUUUUGGAAACCGAUUAACUCCUACCACUCUUUCCAUUUCCGUGGAGGAGGCCCAUUGCACAUAUAGUACCAAGCCAGCUGUCUGUAGAUUGGAUCACUUUAUGCAUUUUGUUAAGGCCAAAGUCGAGAAUGCCAAAGUGCUCUUUUGUCCGAGUCCCAAAUAUACUGGUUUGAUUGAUGAACCACCUCGAUAUAUGGGCGAAGGCUUUGUGGUGAUGAUGUCCAAUCAAAUGGAUUUGUAUUUCUACAUGGAUGAGCCAGGCGUCGUGCCGGAGCAACCCGUACAGAUUGUCCUCCCCAACGGCGAUGUGGUGGAGCCUUCACCUCCAGUCUGGGGCAUAAAUGCUAGGUGCCUUAAAGGAACCGAUUUCAGUUAUGGACCUUGGGCAGAUCGGCAAAGAGAUCACCUGUACAAGUAUUUCUAUCCUUCUGAUUGGAAGGAGGCGGAAGUGACACCCACUCCUCAGCCUGGGGAACUUCGUAGCUAUCAAUCCUUCGAUGUUACCUUGUGCGUGCUUAAUGAAGCCACCAUUGACAUUCUCUUUUCAAAAGAGAAGGAAACGAAUGCUAUGCACAUAACCGUGGGACCGGCUUCAUAUGUAGAGGUUACAAUUCCAUGGGUCACCCAACCUGAUGGUUAUACGUCCAAAAUCCAGGGACAGCUCUUUCACGUUGAGGCAACCACAUCGUUACAAUAUCGCAGCUUGGCCGAAUUUGAAUCCUUAGAGUACAAGGUGCGAAUACACUAUCCGACCAAAUGGAACGCACCACAAGAUUGGAGUAUCUCUCUUUCCGGCUGCAAAACUAGUGCUUUCAUUGUGUACAAACACAAGUGCUUCUUCCAAGACCUCAUCGAAGAUUGGGCGAAUAAAGCUAGGCCGGAUAUACUCAGUUUUGUUCCGUACACAUGCAACUUCAGCAUCCGACUGCACGAGUUUGAAAUCCUGAUGCUGUGCAACGAGUAUAAUUGGAUCGAUUGCAGUAGUGCCAACCAGGAGAACAACCAUUUGGCCUUCUGUGGAGAUGUCUUUGAGAUGAGUUUCGCCUUGCCAUUCGAUGAUUUUCUGCCGAAGACGGUUACUCUGAAAUUUUGGAUCCACGGCGAGGGCUUGGACUUAAGCUUGUACGUACCGGAAGUGUCCUCGGUGCGUCCUAUAGUUUUAGCCAUAGACGAGAAUGCACGACUGCUAACCAGGGAAGGCAAACUGAUUCGGCGCCCAGAGUUGUACACGAAGAAGUGGCGUAAGAUUUGCCAGCGUUCUGCCGGUUGGAUCGACUGUUGGGCAGUGCCAAUUUUGGCGCUGUCUAUUCAGUAUGUUUAUCAUCCGGUUCCGCCGUUAGGACCGGAUCCCCAGGCGGAUAUAACGACUCCGGAAAAAGAGGAGAUUCUACUUAGUCCUAUGCGAAUACCAAAAGUUAGAAAAUCACCUGUGAGUAGCUGGCAGCAGCCACCGGAGCAGUAUAGUAAGUUUGAUCCAGGAACAUUAGCUGCGGAUCAUGUUACUGUGGAACUGGAGAUUGGUAGUUCAGUGCUAAUGGCCUAUGGAAAUGUUCUGCGCAACUUUAUCAACCUUAAGGAGAAUAUUUUCGGUGAGGACCAGAAUUUCACGGACAUGGAACAGUCGAAUGUAAAUAUGAAGGAGCCGGGAGCUGCACAGCUAAAUCCCAAGGAUCAACUCUUGGCCAAAGAAAAAGAGCUGGCCAAUAAAUCAAUUUCGGAAAAUCAAGCGCCCGAAGAAAAGCGGAAACCAUUUGAUCCUCGGCUAUAUCGUCCCCUGGAGGUGAUGGUUUCUGUAAUUGUGCAUGAUAUUCAAGCUCAUGUUAUGAAAAAUUGCAAUGACGAUGAUCCGCCGUGUCCAGUUGUUUUAAUUGAGAGAUUUGGCUUCGAAAUGAAUAAGAAAUAUCAUGAAACCACAUUGCAGGUAUUAGUGAGUCCGUCGUAUUUGCUAGCCUCGGAUUGCUUGCAGCGUUCGCAGCGGGAGCAGCAUAUAAACCAGGGCCACCUGAUGCUGUCAGCAGUCCAAGUUAGAGGACAUGCCAUGUUCAGUAAUGAGGGCUGUGCUCUGGACGAAGAUACUUUAGAAUACUCCUGGCUUGUUGAAGUACAACUGGGUAAACUUACCGGUAAACUAACUCUGCCUCAGCUGGUGAACGUGGUCACAGGUUUGGAGACACUCAUCCUUCUGGCCAUUGACCCCGAGAACUGUUUAAAGUCACCCAAGACAGUAAGGAACUGCCACCACGGUGUGCCGAGCAAUUUGUGCCCACAAACUAAGGAGGAGAAGAAGUACAAGUGUCCGUCAUCCGAGGAUAUAAAGUACAAAAUGACUCGCGUUUCGGUAGAUGCAGUUGAUGUCUAUCUGAUAGAAAGUGGGACUGCCUUGCAUGCCUGGAUCUCGCCCAUUCGCCUAGCUAAUUGUAAUCUUCACGGCCAGCGCGUCAAGUCGGGGAUCUCUGGGCUGCUGCCUUCCAUAUUACUGCGCCUAUUCAUGCUGCAUACGACAAAUUCAUCAUUCAACACCAACACCACAGGCAGUAAUCGGUCAGGAAAACUAAGGCGAGCGGAUCAAGACUCCUUAAAGUCUCAGGAUGCUGGAGGAUCACAUUACGCGACGCAUGGAAGAUCUGGGAAGCGCAGCUCAAACUCCUUUUCACGGCGUGAUUCCCGAGAAGAGACUACACGGAAGCUGAGGGAUAGUUUCUCGGAACCACAAACCAAGCGUGCACCGGACACCUCAGAGCUUUCUGAGAAUUGGGUAGAGGUGGGCUGUACUUCAUUGGGACCCAUUUUGCUAGAAGGAGCUUCCGCCCUGCCCAUUCCAGAUCACGAAUUACAUCUUGUGCAGCAUAAUUUCCUGCGUGAGCAUGAUGCCAAAUUCAAGCGCCUUUGGUUCCUGUGGUCUCAUAAUGGCAGUGCCCUGUCCUCUGGCAGUGAGAUCUCCCGUUGUGGCUGUAUCGGUGGAUGUGUCUUUUUUGGAAGCAAUAGAAAUGGCCAGAAAUUCUUCAAACCAACGGCACAGGAUGUCCACGAUAACUACAAUAUUGCUCGAUACUUCAUAAUCAACAACAAUAAGGACUUUGGUUUCGGCGAAAGCAUCCUCCACCAGGGUCAACUUGUCUUCCACACCCCGCCCUACAGUUUACAUUGUGUUUCUCUCUACGACACAGCGGACUUUAAUGGCAAAGGUCGGCUUUACAGGCCGGCUGGUGAUCUGCGUAACGGAAGUCUGAAGAAGACGGAUCUCUGCUCUCUACCAGAUGGCACUAAGUUUAAGAUUGGGGCAAGCGGAACAGCCGGAGUCGAGAAGCCGGAACCCAGUUGUCGAAACAAAUCACGAGAGAGCAUCGGUUCACCGAAUACUCUUGAGAGAAGGAGCAAGCGGUAUCCUUGCACAAGGCAAACGUCCGUGGAGGUACCCUACGCCCGUUUGUUGGAUAGUCCCUCUAAGAAGCUACAGAUGCAACACGAGGCAUCGGCAGGCGACAUCGGAAGCAUACAUCGGCGCGGCUCGGACUCAAACAGGCUGCGCGUGUCGCCACCCAAGACGAGCAUAUCCGACUCAAGACUAACAGGGGAUGUUGUGGACGAUGAACAUGAGAUACCAGACGAGAUGUCACACUCGGCACCUCAUUCACAUCCCUUGGAGUUUGAGAUUGCAGAUAUUGCGCUUCACGUUCAAGGAUUAGGAGGAGAUCAGUUGCCUCGUGAGGUGCAGCGGACCAUAUCACUAACAUCAGAGAAUCCCUCAGAGAUGUUCUUCUCCGCCGAAGAAGACAUAUCUAAUGUGAUGUCGCAAAGAGGAUCCAUGAAGCAGCGGAAUAGUGGGAAUAGUGGAUCAGUGGUGCUGUCUGGAAAGAAGAGAUUCUCAUCGGAUUUAAGCAUUGGAGCCCAAAACGAUAACGGAAGCCACACAUUGCCUACGUAUCGCAGCGAUCUGGAGAUCCAUGCUCCCGAUGGCAACAAAACUCUUCCAAAACGCCCGCAGAGCACCACCGAACUGAACGAAGACGCGAGACGCAUUCACGGUCUUGCCACACCAAUAAGAAAAAUAACAAAUAUCUCAUCACGACCCGAGUACCGACAUUUUGUUCAUGAUGCUGAUUCCCGUGGCUCAUCGUCUGGUACACCUUCACUGUCUUCAAACUCUUUCAUAUCUGCCAUGUCCUCACAGGAGGAUGUGGCUUUGGUCAAUCUGCAUCAGCAAGUCAACCGACCCAUCAUCGACUCACCUUUACUGAUGGCCAGCUACCUAAAUCAUCUGUCGCAAGUGAAGUGCUUUAACUGGAAUGGAUGCUCCUUUCCCCUGGGUCCAGAUGUAUUUUCUACUCCUCUUUUUUCUGAAAAUGAAGAUGGUGGCUUAACCUAUAUUGGAAGCAAGAUGUUACCCCACUUUGAUCUAUAUUCUUGUUGGCGUGAGAUUAAGGUGGUUCCUCGAUAUGAGAAUGCCACUGGUAGCAACAGCUCGGCUACGUUUAUGGGUGGACCAAAGUCACAUCCGUGGGAUCCCAGUGUGUUACUGAAAGAAGAGGAAUCGGACAAGACCACCAAUGGUUUUGACGAUGGCGAAUUCAUGAGCCUGCAGGCGGAGGGAGGAGCGGCCUGUACUUCGGUGGUGGCUAGGCUAAAAGGGCAAUUGAAUGUCUUCUUGACGCCGCUAUUAUUGGAGGGAUUGCAAAGAAUGGUUGAGGCGGCCAUCCCAACAAUUCAAUCGAUGCACCUGCUCUCAGUAGUUAACUUCAUCCACACUUCCUGCAUCGCUAAGGUGAACAACGAUAACAUCCUGAAGCGGGACCAGAGCCUGAGCUACUGGUCGCAGGUGCAUUCCAACUCCAAGCGGUCCACAACCGAAAGACACCUCCAGGGUCCUGGCGAUUCCUUCCUUAGUGAUGUCUAUGAGGAGAGUAUUUCUACCAAGACUCAAGGAUUAAUUGUGCUGCCCAAGGUCAGCAUCACCAUGUUGCAGUCGUCUAUUGUUGAGGAGAUUAUCUCAGUGGCAGCGUUGGAUAAUGUACAAGAUCUGAGCUGCGUCUCAUUACUCACCUUCUACAUGGAGGGCAUCUCCACGAAGUUCCAUCUGGGUAAGACGACGCGUGCCUCCAUGCACAACGUAUACAUUCAGCAAACGGUCCAGUCGGGCAGUAGUAACAAAAAGGGUGGCAUUAUGAAGGGCACCCGUGCUCUCUUAGCACAUCUCUCAUCGCAAACGCGGCCCGACAAUGUCCAGGGAGAGCCCAUCCUUAUCGAGACAUCGGAAAAGCAAUUGGAGGAGCUUGUCAUAACACUUGAUAUUGGAAGGGCCCAUGCUCAACUGCGUCGUCUGAAGACCGAAGGCCAAUCUUGCGCCCAAGACUCACCUAUUAUCGUCACCGCCAUUCCAGAACACAAGAGCAAAGUGCUGUUUGAAUGCCUGAAAAUGCCGGAAAGCACGGGCAUUGAAAGCAUUGGCUAUAUUAUGUUCGAGUGUGGCUUAGAGGGCGUGGGUGUAAAGAUAGUGAAGCGUUCGCACUUUGAAAAGUCAGAAAACAGCAAGGAAGAGCUGGCCGAAAUGGCGGCCACUGGAGCAGUGGCUGGCACUUCCGCCGGAGGCUUUAAUAUUAAUGAAUUGGUGGGUCAAGGUGAUGGAGCAACAGCUUCCGGAGAUGGCGGGGCCACUUCGAAGGCUGAGGCUGCUUGGAGGUUAAUAACGAAAAAGCCUCCCACUCCCAAAACUCCGAAGGAGAAGUUUCUACCUGCCUCUGAAAACAAUGUGGGAGACAGCUCUUCUGCAGCUGAACAAAGAAAAUCCACACCCAAACCUCCUGAUGAAGAUGUGGAAAAGGGAACCAGUACAGCAAACGCUCAAUCAGGAGCUCAGAAACCUAAUGCAGGGACAGGGACCAAUUCUAAGGAUAACUAUGACAAUGUUUUGUCCAACGUCAAGGAAACGGAUAAGACUUCCUCUUGUGUAAUUGAACUGAAAGCGGUUUGGUUCAAUUUUGCAGCUCCACCUUGCGUGCCUAUUACCCGCAAGAUCGAUCUGACACGAUUGGAUUGGAACCUUUUGAGCACUGCGUCACCGGCAAUCACGGCAUGGAUGAAUCCCAGCAAUCGACUGGCUAUCAAGAUCGUAUCCUUAAUGAAGGCUCUACAUACGAGGCAGACAGCAGUGGCUGCUUGCCUUAUGGCAGAGGCCAUGGAUAACGAGAAAAUACAAAGAAACCCCAAGAUCAAGAAGAGUCGCUAUGGCAACAACUACACGCUGCUUUCGAAGACACUGCAGGAGGAUCCCAGUUGCCAGCUGUGUUACAUCAUGCAGAAAUUGGUUCUCGAUGAGGGUGUUCAUAGAAUUGAGCCGAUCUUUAAGCAACACGAUGUUCCGCAUCUGAACACUUUGCGACAGGGCAUCAUUGUGCUAAGUCGGCAGUGGAAAAAUACUCUUUAUAAUCCAAUUCUGUUUGAGCACCAGUACAAGAACAAGUUGGCCCGGCCGAUCAAUGUUACCUUUUCGUUUCCGCAGAACGAUGAGGAGGUCGAGAAUGAUGAGUGCGAAGGUGAUGUUGAAAUGGGCGCCUUUGCGGGCGUCGGCGAGAAUCCGGAAGAGAAAAAUAAUCAGUAUGGAGGUGUUUCAUAUGGGCAUGAAGCUGGUAACCAUGGAACCGCCUCCCAGCGAUCAACAUCGACUUCGCCAAAUAUACACCAUCCUCGUCGAGGCUUAAAUAAAGUGCAUAGCAAAGCCUCGAAUUAUUCACAUGGCAAUUCAUCUCGUUCUAGCAUUCAAAUGCUGCCCAUUAUUUCUGGGCUGGUAGAAAAACAGGUUCCGGAAUUCGAGUACGGUGCUUUGCAAGAGGGGUCCUUAAGCUCUACCAACUCUGUGAACAAAUUCUGGUUGGGGGCCGAUAACCACAAGGAGGACUUAUACUUCUGGAUGGCUAAGCAGCAAGAUAACAAGAAGAAACACUUUACCGAAAAGGAAAAUGCUCGGCCAGCUCCCCCGAAAAUGCAUGGUCAUACGGGUCAAUCUCGCAGUGGCGUAAUGCAGGAUUCCAUAAAGUUGCUGGAUGCACAUUUGAUAUUUGAACCGCUGCUUACCUGUUUAGGAGUGAUGCCACAGCAGAUGAUCAAUAAGUUUUCGAAUGCUGACAUAUCUUCCUUGGAAAACUUUGGAACCAAUCUUUCGCUGAUCGGCACUUUCGAUUCAAUUCGGGUGGACAUUGUGGUCAGCGAGGCGGGCGAUAAGAAAAACUCUGCCCAGAAACCAGCCAAACUGAAUAAGAAAUCAAAUGGCGGUAGGGCCUCCAUUAUGAUGGACACUCCUUUAUUCUUAUGUGAGAGAGUCGGUGUGGAGUUGGAGGUAUUAAAAAUGUCAGAUGGCAUGGUGGAUCAGGCACGUCAGAAUGUCAUAUAUAUGUCGCGUCGCCAACUGAAGAAGCACACCAGCACUGUGAUUAAUUUUAGUCUCAAUGUCCGAUUCAUCUCGCAGCAGGUGAAUAUGCCGCUGCUGAGGCUGCUACAUCAGAUUUGCAAUAUGUACCAAAAUGUAAAGGAUGCCCAAAACGAGUUCCACGACCAGCCCGAACUAAGCAAAAAGAGCCAGACCAAAGAUGAAUGUAGCUUGGCUUCUGAACCAACAGACCUCCUACCAUUUAACUCGGUAUCGGAACGCUUUGGUCAUGGGGAGAAUUAUUCAGAUGAACGCUAUGACAAGUUUAAUGAAACCAUGCCCACGACGUUAACGAGACCGCGUCCUGGAGGCUUGGCUCCCAUUAUUCAACUUACACCCUCUCCAAAUGCCAAAAAUAGGCCUCAGAGCUUCGCCCAGAAGCUUCGAUCAACCGGAAAAUCCGUAAAGGGCAAGUUGGGCUACACGAAUUUAAAUGAGUCCAGUUCAUCACCUCUGAGGGAUAGUCCAACAACGUCGCUCCAUGAACAGAAUAUCCUCAAGAUGUCCACGGAGUCGAAAGCUUCACUUAAUGGAGCUUGUGCCACCAGUGUUAGUGGAGAUUACCAGAACACGCUGACCAAGGCAGGAAUGCCAACGAUGGCUCCGAUGCUAGAGACACCUAACUGCUGGAAGACCAUAUACCACCUUUUGGAACUGUAUGGAACGAUGCCGGAGACCAAAACUGUGGUUCAAAGAAGUUCGUUAAACGAACACAAAAGCAAGCCAGCGGGCUUCGCCCACGAUGAAGAUGACUUGGCUAGUGCUCCAACACCUCUACCCCAGCACCGCGAAAUGCUACCGGUAGAUGCACCAUCCCAGGAGCGAACGCGUCUGAUUGUCUUCGGGGUGGCCAAGAUCCAUAAAACUCGUUUGCUAGCUACGCUUUCCGGUCUUAAGCUUGAGUCGGAGAUAACAACCCUCAAUAGCACAGCCACAUGGAGAAAAAAGGCUCGUCCUGUCUCCUUGGAGUGCUCUCUUACUGGUCAAGUGGGGCGAGCGAUGAUUGUGCUGCUUGAAGGUGUUGCUCCCAGUCAACAAACCGUGGUCAAAGUAACCGUGGGCAAAAGCCAGACUCUGUAUUCGAGCCUUUCGAAGAGGGGAAAGGAUAAGAACAGUGGUCUGCUAUCGAUUGGGGCUGUUAACAUAGACAUACCACAACAUCCAGUGGCUUUGCAUGGAAUGAUGACUCGAAGCUCUAAGCAAUUAUCGUCAACUCUACAAGAGCUGCGAGUAAAGCGUAAUUCCGGUCGGUCCACUAUCCGUUCGCAUACAGCCGAGGAGCCAGAGUCUCCGUUCCAUGCUCGCAACUCUGGAGGAGCCAGCAGUGGAACAGGAGUAGCCAGCGAAAUGCGGGAGCGUACUGUUUCCGGUGGAACAGGAGCCCAACAGCAACCGCAGCAGGCGGCUCGUCGUGCAGCCCAAAUGGCGCAAUCGAAAACGGGGACGGCACAGCACCAGAACGGAUUGCUCCAGCCUCUAGUGAUGCAAUUCAAUGUACUGCUGCAGAGUUUGUCUAUAAAUGCAGCUCUACUUCCUUCGCUACAGGCUCAAUAUCGAAUGAAUCACGUUAGCUCAAUGGGUGUGACCGGCCAAAGGGCAAAGUUUGUCAUCGAUCUGCCCACGCACACUCUCAGCUUCAAUACCAAAAUUCAGAAUGAGAUGAACCUGCCAUCGGAGGCAUGCAUUGGCCUGCCACCUAUUCACGUUCUGGCGGAAUAUAUUCCAGAUCAUCGACAGGAUCACACUGAAAAUGUCGAGGGCAUUGUCUUGCGGCAAGGUGGCUACGUGAAUGCCAGUGCUGAAAUAGGAGAAUUCGAGCGAUGCCUAACCACAGAUCUCCUGAACCACCUGGUCUUUGUGCAGAAGGUAUUUAUGCGUGAAAUAAACGAAGUGCUGCAGAAGGUUUACGGAGGCGAGAAACCCGUGCCUUUGUGGACGGAGGAGAGUGGUGAUAAUUCCGGGACAGUGCAGGAAUCUUCGCUCAAGCGUAUCCUUUUUUCCAUAAACAUUUCGAUGAAACGCAUACAAUUGACGGCUACCACGCCUUGCUCCUCGGCGGUUCGCUUUGAAACCGGAAUUUUGGAGCUGCAGCUGUCAAAUCGUGUGAAAAACCUCGGGGAUAUGAGCAACCGCAAGCUCUUUUUCAAGGCCCACAUCGAUUUUAAUUUAUCCCUGGGUCAGAUUAUCCGUAACGUAAUCUUCGACGAGGCUGAGCCGGAAUUCCAGCAGUACGCUUUCUUCCACACUACCAUUAAUUUGAGAAAUGCCUUCCAAGAUGAGCUCCUCAACGAGGACAAGGAGUUGAUACUGCUCACUCUCAAGAGACCUCUGGUCUAUGUACAGCCAAUUGCCGUGGACAAGGCCAUUCUCGUGUGGCUCAAUUACAAGAAUGCCUACGAGUAUUGGGCGGAAAAGCGGGCCAAUCUGUGUCAUGAACACGCCCAGCACAGCCAGUUCGCUCAAUAUUCGGGGCAGCAUCAGAACCAGAAUCUGCAGAAUCCCCAGGUGUUCGAUCGAGUGGCUUUUGGCCAGAUAGCCAGCUCUAAUUUAUCCACGCUCUUCCUUCAACUCACUGUGGAGGACAUGGGAAUUUGCUUGCCACUCAAACAGGUCAACACCACGACGUUUGGCUCCCGUUCAUAUCAAGAUUUUGAUGCCAAGGGCGCUGUUGUGAUAACAUUAGAGAACACGAUAAUUUCGGCCUGCAAUUCGGGUGCUUUGGUCUCGAAGGGGAAGUUUCAGGGCCUGUGUCUUCGGUUUGCCGAUGACUUUGAAACCAACUUGGAUGACUGGAAACCGAAUAGUGCAGAGCCCAUCAUGAAUGUAUGCGUUGUGUCUGAAGGAACCUUCGAAGUUUGUUCUCGCACAACAGCAGCCAAGAAAGGUGAGAACGCCAAAUGGCUGCUGAAUGUUAAAUGGCAAAUGGAGGGUGUGGAUAUUCAUUUAGAUGUGAAUAUUGGCAAGCAGCUGAGUUCCCUUGGUCACACUUUAACCAUGCUUACGGGUUUCGAGGAGGAUGAGACGCAAAUGGAAUCACCCGAUAGCGAUGAAGGCGAUCAAAGCUGCAGAGAUACUUUUGUGCGAAAAAGAGGAGACUUUGACAACUUGCCUUCUUUUGUUUUCGAUCCAACAAUUGAUUCUAAGAAGCGUUCAUUUAUGAUGGAGAAGGAAAUGGCCGAACAGUUAAAGAUUAUCAAUGAUCUGCGUACUUUGGGAGCAUCCCAUAAUACGGUGGCUCAUGAGGAGCGACGAUUGCAAGAGCUCCAAGCCAUCUGCUACAAGUAUUUCCGCAGAGAUAUGAUCCAAAAAUGGAAGAGACCUUCGCUAAGAAGAUCUCUGAAGAACUAUGGCCGCUCACAUUCAUACAUUGGAGCUGGGUCUUCAGUAGCUGGUGUAUGUGUUCCCCAGACCUUGGACAACGGGAGUUAUGCGGGCAGGAGACUGGAUACUAUUGCCUCCAAUGAUGAGAUAUCUAGCUUGCAGAGCACCCCUGCCUCUUGCCACUCUCGCAGUGCUUCCUUAAAACAUACUGGAGGAGGAGGGGUAGUCGGAGGAGGAAUCAACGCUCUUGGAAGAGUGACCUUCACGGAGGCUAUGCGUCAGACUUCAUUACCCAAUGCCGACACGGAUACGGAGACGGCCGACAAUGAGCUUGAUUGGAGAGGUGACAUUACGCCCAGCGAAAUAGAUGUUGAUGGCACCUCCGUCGAAAUGCGACGUAAGCAUGGCCAUAGUCAGAAGCAACCGGAACCCAACAUCGAUUUUGAACUUGACAUAAAGGUACUGGUGAAUUCUGGAAAGUGCGUGUUGCAUACAAAAGAUACCGGAGAUGAACGAGCCCAAGGCUACACUGGUGGAUCGGGAACAGCUUCAAGCGGAGUACCUGCCUCGAGUGUAAAAUCCCACAAGCGGGAAAGAAGCAUUGGUAACGAUUGGGGUAGUCCGACGCCCUCGAGGAGGCAAAGGGAUAAGAGCAAGCUACGUUAUAACGCCAACGCCUUGCUUGCGGAUCUCACUAUCUUCCAUAUCCCAGGUCUGGAUGUUAAACUUCACUACCAAUCGAAAACAUUGGCGGAGCAAAUAACUGGAGACCAGCUGCCACAUGGUCGCAGAAUGGGUAGCAAGCGUGCUACUUUGUGCGCCUGGAUGACUCUACAAAGUAUCCCAGAAGAAACUAUCAUAUCACCACAUAUUUUGGAAUUUCUAGAGCAGACUCUGGAACCCAUUCCCGCUCGACAAUCCAGUAGUGUCCCGCCGACUCCCUCCCAUAAUACAGCCGUUAAUCUGGACAUACUGCCUGCCAACUAUGUGACUUAUGCUUCAUUUCCAGUAGAUGUUAUAGUUUACUUCCACAUGCAACCGUCUACCUUCAGAUUUAGUUGUCUGCCAGUUUCUAGAGUGGAAUGCAUGCUCCAGUUGCCCAGUUUGGACAUUGUAUUCAGUUCGAAGAGAAGCAGCGACGAGGAGAACUCAGCACAGCCAGGAGUUCAUGCCCAUCCGGAGCAGCAACUACCCACGGGUGGACUGAGUGUCACCGGUUGCCUGGCCGACUUUAAUGUGUUCAUCUUCCAUCCGUAUGGUGGCAAAAAGACUUCCAAAGAGACACAGUUUUCACCAUUAAGUGAUAGUGAAAGAAAGGAUUCGUUAAGCAUCAACGUUGAGUUUGUCAAGUUCCACAUUACUCGCUGCAGAAAGGUGUACAUCGAACCAUUGCCCAGUUCUAAGAGAUCUCUGGACCAAUCGCGAGCCGUGAUACGGUUCUCUACCAUCGUGGAUAUUGGUAGCGCCAGUUUUAAGUAUGAUAUGAGGAGGUUAACUGAAAUCUUAGCUUUUCCCAAGGCUUGGUAUCGCAGGAGGAUAGUAAGAAGGCUCUUCCUGGGCGAUCUUAGUGUGCAACAGCAACAACAGCAGCAGGGCAAUGGAGCAGAAACCCCCACUGGCUGCCCACCUGCUACACCAACUCCCAGUGAAGACGCUGCCAGGGCGAAGGAGAAAAUGCGUCUAGAUUUUGAUCCUCAGCCGUCGCAACAGCAGCAACUGGGACACUUUGGAGCUGUAAGACAACUGAAGAGCCUAGGCAAGUCUUCUAGCGCAGAUUCGUCAGGAACUCCACCUUCCGAAAAGAACCAAAUCACUGCCUGGGAAACUCUAGUUAUAUUUGCAGUUAAUUUCACCAAACUAAAUGUUCAAAUGAACAUUGGCAAUGUGUGCGGUAAUGUUGUGUGGCUCACCAAAGAUUUUCAAUCGGAUGGUCGUCUCUCCAUCGGGAGCACAGGCUACAAAAACAUGUAUGCCGGGAUCUAUCUAGGAGGAUCAGCCCUAGAUGCCAAGGGUGGUAUCGUAGGUGGCAGUUUCGAGGUUAAUAAGAUUAACAAACGUUUCCACAUCAAGGAGGAGGCAGGGGUGGACCCAUACCACACCUUGGGUUUGAGUUUUAUGGCCCUGGAACUAAGGCUAGACUACAUGGGAACUUCAGUGUUGAUGACCAGAAUAAGUAGCUUCUCUGCCGCCAUGAAGGAUGAGUGGCGAACUGCAUCACAGGCGGCAGCAGCUCCGACACAUGGCAAAGAUCAACCCAGAGCUCUGAUAUUUAUCCAUGGCGAUCUUAGCUGGGACCAACUCCAGAUAAUGAUUAGCAAGUCGACAACAGCAGAUCUACUGAAGAUGUACUUUAAGCUAGAGGAGUUCUUCACGCAGCAGUUUAAAUCCUCCAAGAGAGUGUUCUCCAGUUUGGAGCCACGCUUGCAAGAUCGAACUGCUAGCAUCAAGAGGCGGCAGCAGCUCAAGAAGAAGCCUGCAAACGGAGAGCUUGUUGCUCCUGUUCAAAUUCAGGGUUUGAUUGGCGAAAAUACAGAUGCACGUCAUCAUCGUCACUGGCAGAAGCCAUUGGCGCAGGCCGUGGGUCUCGUAGUGCCUUCACUUGUCACCCGUUUGCCACGUCACGGCAAUGUUUUAGGUGGUACCGUCGAGCUUCGAGGGCAGAACAUUUCGUUAGCCUGCUUCCACGGCAUUAACUUUAAGUCAAAGUCGUGGGCUCUGUUCAGUCUGAGAUCCCCAUCUAUUAACUUUGCCACGGAGGCUCGGCAGAGCGAGGACGAAGUUCUGGUCACCCAGACACUCACCUCUUCCUUGGGACAGUCGACAGAGGUGCAACAGCAACAAAACCACUCUAUGGCGAUCGUAAGUCGCAUCACCAGGAACAUCAUUUUCCCACCUCAGUUCAAGACGCUUAAUGAGUGGUUCCACUACGCUUUUGCCAACAGCGAGAUUGAUGCUGUGGACCGCUUUCCUAUGCUGGAAUGCGAACGGGAGAUUGCCUCCAAUUCUAUAGAGCGAACAAGGGCCUCCGGCAGCAGCAGCGCGGCAAAGGCGCAGGAGCACAACCACAAUCGGGAGGUCAUCUUUGCUCUGCCCAGCCUGCAACUGCAUUUCAAGACUGAGCACAAACAGGGACCAACCACACCAGAGCCAAGUGAAAAUAAGCCAGAAGUUUUGUGCAGCUUCAUCACCGAGUUCGACGACCACAUCUUUGUGACAGUCGAUGCGGAUGCUUUCUUCUUCCUUCACGAUCUCAUCACCUCCUAUGUGACUGAAAAAGAGAAGGUGAUUGGAGCUCAAUCGGCAAGGGCAGCCUCGCCGAAUCUCUCGCAGAAGGCCAAUCUGAAGCCAUAUCUGACCGACGAGAUACUAAAGGAAAAGAAAGCCGCAUCCAGCACGAACCUGACUGCCCAGGGAAAGCAGAUGAACAGUCUGGAUCCGCUGCAAGGCAGCCACAUAAGCCUAUCGAACGCUACUGCCAAUAUGUCGGGAGCAGCGUCGACGAACACGACGACCGCCACAUCAACAUCCACAACCUUAUCGCCUGAAGCGGCAGCUGGUGGACCAUCGACAAGCGCCUCAAACGAUGAUGGCAAGCAGCCGCAACAGGGGGGCUCCAUGCCAACCUUUGAUCUCGAAUCGUUUGUGCGCGACUGGAGGCACUUUGAGUGUCAAACGUGGCAUUUGGAGCCUACAGUACGCCUUCUCUCCUGGGCGGGCAAGUCUAUUGAGCCCUAUGGCGUUGAUUACAUCCUAAAUAAACUGGGCUUCAGCCACGCUCGUACAACAAUACCCAAGUGGCUGCAACGCGGAUUUAUGGAUCCGCUGGACAAGGUGCAGGCCCUGAUGAUGCUGCAACUACUGCUGAUGGUUCGCGAAAACAAAGUGGAGCGAGAUGUUGGAGCUAGUGUCGGUGGCAAGCAACAACAGCAGAACCAUCGACCACCAACGAAUUAGCCAUGGCAGAAACUCAUCUAUGACAACUGACAAUUACCCAAAGUCCUUCGAUUUAGUUUAAGUAGUGGUGUAUAGAUUUUUCACCCGUGUAAAGUUUUUUUUAUUUAUUACCCUGGUUGACCUAGCAUGCUUUAAAUUGAAACUCGCGGUAUUAUUUGGCCAAUAAGGCAGCUUCUUAUAUAAUGUAAAUGGUUUGCUCUCGUUCCCCUACUUUUUAAGCGUAACUGUAUAUUUUUUUAUAGAUGUAAAGUCAAGUGCUUCGUGUAAUUUGCUCAAUUUUGGCGCUUUGUAACUAUCAUUACAUGGUUUUGUUAUUCUAGAAUUUACUAUGCAACAAUGAGCAGAGCAAUUGUGUUUAAACUAUAAGUAGCUCUAAUUGAAUAUACAUAAUUAUAUACAAUAAAAAAAACGUGUAAGUCUAUCAAUAAGUAAAGUGAAUAAACUUUCGAAAAUGCGUAUUAAAAAAUUAAAUCUACCAAAACUGAA